AAUUACCCAAAGUAAGAAUCACUCAAACGAAACAGCUGAUUUUGUUAUCUGCUCCGCACUUUGAUCGGCCUUUAAAUUAGUAUGUUAAAGUCAACAUUCCAAUAGAUCCAUCAAAAUGGACUUUCGAAAUGCUCGUGCACGGCAGCCAGAGAUCGUAAGAUCCGUGCAGAAAGAUGCAAGGUACACAAACGAACUGGCCGAAGAUUUCUCUGAUGUCCUCCGUCUCACCGGUCCUCGGAACUGGAUUAAGUACAAUCAGAUGUGCAGACUACUGGCGGAAUUGAGUUACCAUGGGUUCGCUUCAGCCAAUAGCCUCCAGACACUCGGCGAGGAAUACACGGGGAUCAUACAGGUCGAUGGAAACUACAAGCAAAUCCCUAGUAGAGUUCUGCAACUGACAGCUAUUUUCCUGGAGUUUGGCGGCGAUAGCUUGUUUCAGCGACUGCUGCAAAAAUUGGAUUCCUAUGUGGCCAACCACGAAGAGAUCCGACCCGAGGCAAAACUUCAGCUUAAGAAGAUUAUACAGAGGCUAAGGCAAUCUCCCAGCUAUGUAAAGGCUCUGCACAAGUCGCUUUUCUACUUAAACUCUAGCAAAUACCAGCUGUCGAAGCGCACCACAGGCAUUAAUUACGUGCUCAUCCGACACUGGCUACAGCCGGAAUUCUCGCUGUACGGUUACAAGAUCCUAGGAGUGAUCACAUUCCUGCAGGUUAGCGUUUCGCUAGCCAUUAGUAGUUGGGACACCUGGCGGGAGCACAAGCGCCAACAGUUAGAAGCGAUUAAGCAGUCCGGAAAAAAGUUCCUGCAACGAGGGUGUAAUGAAAAAAACUCAGAUCCAGAUGCCCCUCAGUGCAUCCUUUGUCUAGAGCCACGGUCGAAUAGCAGUUUAACUCCAUGCGGACACAUAUUCUGCUGGAGCUGCUUGCUCGAGUGGCUAGAGGAGCGAGAUGAAUGCCCCUUAUGUCGGGAGUCGCUAAAGAAGUCACAAGUGAUAACACUACAGAACUAUGCCUAAGAUCGGAUUAAGUUUGUUACAGAUUUGUAUAAUCUUGUAAGCAUGUUUUGGAGAAUAUUUUUUUAUAGUACAUGUAUCAAUUAUCUACAUUAAUGAAAAAGGAUCUUAAGCAUCCAUAUUUUUAUUGACAAGAACGUUUAUUUUUUAUUCGGAAAUCUUUAAUUCAUAGGGAUCCUAAAUGUAUAUGAAUAAUGUCUUCGUUUUAUAAGAUUCUUAACAAAGUUAUAUUUUGUUAUAAAGUUAUAACCUUACAAAUCAUUAAUGUAAUUAUGAUAUAUAUAUUUUUAUAAAAAAAAAACCAUACAAAUGGCGUGUACUUAACAAAAUAAAAUGAAA